CUGCCGAUCCCUAGUAUAUCGAGCACAUACGAAGUACGUACCCAAGCGCCAGGCGGCCUAAUCCCGCCGACCUCGACCGAGUGAUGUCAUCACGCAACCCUCCAAAGAAAUCGAGGACGUCAGUCGAUUCACCCGACGAAACAAAACCGUACGCAUCCUGCCCGUCCGCCGUCAUCAUGUUCCUCCCCCCGUUUCCCUCCUGCGCUCACCGCCGUCCGCACCCACCAUGAAACCCACCGCCCCCGCCGCCGCCGCCCCAGCCGCGCUCCUCCUCGACGAGCUGGCCACCACAGCUACAGCCCUGCUCCUUGCCUUCUGGCUGCCCUCCGCCGCCUACCUCCUCGCCCCCGCGCUCUUCCCCGCCCUCACCGCACAAUACAAGACCCAGCCUUCCGCGCCGCCGCCCACGCCGCAGGAGCUGGCGCACUGCGCACUUGUCGUCGCGCGCAACCAGCUGCUGGGGCUGGCCGUACAAGCGGCAGUUCACAUCCUGCUGUUCUCCACCCUGGGCGUCGGCCCAUACCCGCCCUCCCCCUCCCCCCGCUCCCCCAUCCACACAGCCCUCACCCUCGCCCUCUGCAUCCCCCUGUGCGAGCUGCUCUUUUACGCUUUCCACCUACUGUUGCACCAGCCCUGGCUAUUCCGGCGGGUCCACCGCGUGCACCACGCAUUCACCGCGCCGGUGGCGCUAGCAGCGCACUACUGCCACUGGAUAGAGUUCGUGCUCACGUGGUAUGUGCCCGUCAUGCUGCCGCCCAUGCUGGUGCAAGCUAGUGUGCGGGAGGUGGGCGUGUGGGUCGCUAUUGUGGCGGGUGAGAGCGCAGGGUUGCAUUCGGGGUUUAGUCUGGGAAAGAUGGGAGGGGGGACGGGGGUGAUGCGGGCAAUGGGAGGGCUGGGAGGGCUCGUCGAGAGACAUGAUAGGCAUCAUAUGAAGGGUGUGCAAGGGGGCUAUGGGACGUUCGAGUUGCUGGAUUGGGUCUUUGGGACGCAGUUGAGGGAUGUUAGUUUAGCAAGCCUAAACCCCUUGCUUGCCGAUUAA